GCUUUGAGGGGAGAUAUUCGAAAGCUUCCCAAAGAUGCAUCUGCCACUCAAAAGGCAGUAGUUGAAGAAAAACGACAAAAACUGGCAGCAAGGAUCUCGAAAUUUCAUGAAAUGGCUGAUGCCAUGACAGAAGGCAUCGAAGUUGACACAGGUACGGAGCACAUGGAUGACGUCAGAUUUUGUACUGCAGAUAUGGAGGAAGAAGAGAGGGAAGCAGCAGAUCCCAAAGUGACUUCUGAAGAAAUCUGUGAAGAAGUUGUUGCAGAAGCCAUGCGGAUCUGGAUGCCAUCAUCAAUACCUCACGACAAUGCUUUAGCCCUUGGCCUAGGUUCUCUACAAGCCGAAGAACUGCAGUUACGGCAGGGUCAGGCAAAUGAUUGCUUGGAAAAGUUACGGCAGGCUCUUGGCCACAAAGCCAUAAUUUACCGUCAACAUUUUAGAAGUGCAGAUUCCACGUGGGUGGGUACCAGGUCAAAGCAAGAAGCUCGACGAUGUCAGAUCAAAAUCGAUCAGUGUGUUCAAAGCUAUCAGAGGGCCAGGAAUGCACUGCAGAGACUAGGAGUAGAUGAAGAUACUCUGAAGAAUGUUUAUCAAGAGAUUCAGCCGAGUCAGCUUAAUGUGAACAAGGAAGUCACUGAGGAGAACAGAUAUGGGCAGGGAUCAGACAGACUAGCUUGGUUUUGGAGGGUGAACAAUGGUCAUGAUUCUCCUGAAGAUGUAUGGAUGGAUGAAUUCUACAGGCUAAAUUGGUUGAAAGCUAAGGCUCGAUGGCAAAGGUGGGAGGAGGAGUUGAGUUUGGUUCAACAUGAGAUGGGGUGGACAGUGGGUUGGUUUAGAUACAAGAAGGAAGAAUGGGAAUGA